UUAUUUCCUUGUGCGGCGAAAAACUUCUGAAAUCGCGGAGACAUCGUUAAGCGUAUAUUCAUCGGCAACCGAAGUAGCGAGUCACAGCGGCAGCGGCGGUGGGCAGGGGUCAGGGGUCAGGGGUCAGGAUGGCUGAGGGCAGCCUGGAGGAGCGCAGUUUGGAGAUUCUGGAUAUUCCUGAUGAUUUGGACGAUGACCUUCUGUCUCUCUACUUCGAUAACAAGCGACGCUCUGGAGGAGGGAACGUGGUCUCUUUGGAGAAGCAUGGAAACCAUGCCUUGGUGGUUUUUGAAGAUGCAGAGACUGCUGCCAGAGUUGUCUCCAAGUCCCAUGUCCUCCAGAAUAACACACUGACAGUGCGGAGGAAACCACCAAAGGACCCUGGAAAGCUGUUGCUGAAAGGGCUCAAUCCACACACUUCACUGGACCAUGUGGAGCUUUAUGUGGAAAAUGUUACUGGGAUGUGUUGUGAAACAGACUUCAUCCUAUAUCUGUCUCCGAACAAGGAUCUGGUUCUAGUGCACCUAAACAAACCUUUAGACAAAGGACACCUGUGUGAGCUGUGUGACUUUAUACAUCCACUAAACUUCACUAAAACAACAGCUACAGUAAAAACGACGAAGACAAUUCUGAGAAAAGCUUAAGCAGCAUUCGAAC